AUGACAGCCCGUUGGCCACUCGUUGUCUUCUACAACAUUCUCGACGUGUCUGCAUACAACUCUUUUGUCCUAUGGUCUGAAAUCAAGCCAGCCUGGAAUCAGGGAAAGUACAACAAGAGAAGGCUCUUCAUGGAGGAGCUUGGGCGACAACUGGUGAUACCUCACAUCAAGCGACGCAAGGUUAUUCCCCGCACGUCAGCCGCUGUCAAAUGGUUAAGGAAUCCAGCAGGUCUCCUCCAGCUCUACCUCUGCAGCAGCUCCCCCUCUCCCAGUUCCCUCAUGCCGACCAGCCUUCCUCGCCCAUUACCCAAAGGAGUAGGUGCAAAUUCUGCCCUCGCCGAAGUGAUUUCAAACAUCCAAAAUGUGCCAAAAUGCAAUGCAUACAUCUGCAAAGAUCACGCCAUUACUACCUGCCUCGCAUGCAAACUGAGGGCUCAUUCAGACUAA